GCUCGUUUGACGUCGCAGACUCCAACAGCUGAUCCUCCUUCGUCACCUAAGGCGCCACGAGUUUACAACACAGCACGAGUUUCACAGACCUGUUUCACCUUGUUAUGAACUCAGCGGGACACGAAGACAGCAGCAGAAGUUACCGUAGCGCUCCGAGAUGCCAAAAUAUUGUUCGGUCCCAAACUGCAAGAAUGACUCCGCGAGCGACAGGAAAAGCUUCUACAGGUUCCCUCUUCAGGACCCAGUCAGGCUGCAGCAGUGGCUGAGAAACAUGGGACGUGAGAACUGGGCUCCCUCUCGGCACCAGUAUAUUUGCCACGAACAUUUUGCACCUUCAUGCUUCAAAGUGCGAUGGGGGAUCCGUUACCUUGAGAGAGACGCUGUGCCCACUGUGUUUCAGGAGGCUGAGAAACGGAAAGCCACAGACGAUGGCGAGAAGAAAACAAAGCGUCUUCGAACUAUCUGUAAUCCAAGCGUAUCGGUAUCAGAUGACAAGACCAUGGUUUUUGACACAGCAGACAUGCAAAACAAAGUGCACACUGUGCACCUGUAUCAGAUUGCUGUCGAUCCAUCGCAACAAGAAGAAACCAGCUUGGUGCAACUGAGUGAUGUUGGAGAAUCUGACUGCUCUUUUGAGCCAGAACUAGACUCACUGGCAACAGUAGACAGAUUAGAAACGGGGGUAAACUUCCCUUUAACUGUUUUACACACAAUAGAUCAUCUAAGUAACAGUGGGGAGAAGACAGAGGUUGUACUUAUGUCUGAAUGUCCUGCUGGGGAAGGGCAAGAUGAGCUUAUGAAUGAAAUAACUGCGGCCAUUUUAACUCGGGGACACAGGCUGGUAGUGAAUGACUCCACCCUUGAGUGCACAGAUGAGGCUGUGGCUUUAAGUGGAGUUGAAGAUGUGACGCAUACCACAGAGUUGUUCUCAGAUGGCGACGACGGCAACCAUGAAACUCAAGUCAUUGCCUACUUCGAGACGAUACCGAAUGUUUUACCCAAAGACACCUUUACCCAGUUUACCUUUUCACCAGAAACGGUACUAUCAUCGGCUCUGAGCUCCACACCCAUCACAUCCACUCUGCCUAUAGUGUCCAAACACGCAGCACCUCCCCCCACAUCCCUGGUCCUCACUUUGGAAAGACUGGAUUCUGAAGGAGGAGAGGGAGAUGAAGGCAAGUCGGAGGACGACGAUACAGAGCAAGAUUACCAGCUCGAGGAGCACUGCUACCACAAGAACAGUUUGAGUAAGGAGCAGCUGGAGGGAAUUGUGUGUGAGCUACAGAAAAAGGUCAAAGUGCUGCAGCAGCGGCACCGAAGACACCUGGAAAAACUCGUUGGACUGGAGAACACGGUCAGCCAGCUGAGACAAAGCAAUCUGCUGAAUGAAGAGCGACUGCAGUUACUGGAGAGGGCGUACAUGCAGACCAACGGAGCAGUGUCUGAUGCUGGUGAGACGGUCACCAUCAUCUAUGAGGAGGACGAUGCUGCUUACUUGUAUACACCACUGAUAGAUACAGAGGCAAAGCUGUGAGGCCUGACUGACUGCGGAUAUCCCAUCUCUGCGUCUGUGCCAAAUAAAUAAAUAAAUGAAAGAAUAAUGGAGCUUAAACUGUUGAAAACAAAACGCUACAAAAUUUUGUUCUUUCCAGUUUUGUCUCUAAUCCAGAAAAAAAUAUGUGAAAUGUGACUGUGGGUUAGUCCAUCUGCUGUGAACUUUCAACAAAUACGGAUAAAUAGUGGGACAGUGUGGUUUGUGGUAAUGUACAUAUAAUUAAAGUAACUUCAGUUUGGGUU